ACUAUCACCCACUAAGCAACAAGCAAAGGUGUUUGUUCUGUCUUGUGAAUACAUGUUUGGAUUUUGUGUUAAUUGAGAAUAAUACCAUAGUUUUGCCAGCUCUUAUUCCCAUAGACAUAGCAUACAGACAAACACAAAUCUAGAGAGAGAAAGAGAGAGAGAGAGAGCUCUGUCUAUCACAAAUUCCAUAUUCCUCUAAUCCUCCCAAAGGACAAACAAAAAAAUGAGGACAAAAACCCCACUUUGAAUUGUUUCCAAAGCAGCCAUAGAAAGACCCUUCAAGACAAGAGCUAUAAUUCCCCACUUUUGCAACAAUAACUGCUCUGAGUGAUAAGGAGAUUGGCUCAACAAGAUUGGAAAUUUUCACAAGGUUUUAUCUGGGUUUCUAUUCAAUUGCAAAACCCAGUUGGGAAUUUGAAUUUGUUCAGUAAUUCAAUGAGCAAACACUAAACUGUUUCUGAUCCCAUCUUUAGGCAGUACAAGCCCGAUCUUGCUGUUAAAGGUGAAAAUGGUUCAAGAGGAAGGAUCAUCAUCUGUGAGUUCAUCACCCCUUCAACUCUUCUCCCUGAUGUCGCUUUCCCCUGGUUUAGGAUCACCAUAUCCAUGGCUCAGGGAGAUGAAGUCCGAGGAGAGAGGUUUAUGUCUUAUCCACCUUCUUGUUGCCUGUGCUAACCAUGUUGCUGCCGGUAGUGUUGAGAAUGCAAAUAUUGGCCUCGAGCACAUGUCCUACCUUGCCUCACCUGAUGGCGAUACGAUGCAGCGAAUUGCUGCUUAUUUCACUGAGGCACUUGCUGACAGGAUGCUUAAAGGCUGGCCUGGAUUGCACAAAGCCCUCAAUUCUACCAAAAUAUCAUCCGUUUCUGACGAAAUUCUUGUUAAGAGAUUGUUCUUCGAGCUUUGCCCCUUCUUGAAGCUUUCAUAUGUUCUCACAAACCACGCCAUUAUAGAAGCUAUGGAAGGGGAGAAGAUGGUUCAUAUUAUCGAUCUCAAUUCUUUCGAGCCUGCUCAGUGGAUUAAUCUUCUUCAAGCAUUAAGUGCACGGCCUGAAGGUCCGCCCCAUUUGAGAAUCACUGGCAUUCAUGAACAGAAAGAGGUACUGGAACAAAUGGCUCAUCGAUUGAACGAAGAAGCUGAAAAAUUGGACAUCCCAUUCCAAUUCAAUCCUGUAGUUGGUAAAUUAGAGAAUCUUGAUAUUGAAAGUUUGCGUAAGACGGGAGAAGCUCUUGCAAUCAGCUCCACACUUCAACUACACUCUCUCUUGGCUUUUGAUGAUGAGAUGCUUAGAAGAAGCUCCCCGUCAGCAUCCAAGAAUUCAAAUUCACAUCACUUUCAAAAAGUCCUGCAGAUGAAUCCACGCACUUUGGGAGAUUUUCUUCAGAAAGAUGUGAGUAAUAUGUAUAGCCCGAGUCCUGAUUCAUCAUCAUCAUCUCCACUAUCUUUGUCACCUUCAACAAAGAUGGGGGGUUUUCUAAAUGCCCUUUGGGGACUUUCGCCGAAGCUGAUGGUGGUAACUGAGCAAGAAUCAAACCAUAAUGGGUGCAGUCUGAUGGAUAGAAUCAUGGAAGCAUUGAAGUUUUAUGCAGCACUGUUUGAUUGCUUGGAGUCUACUGUGUCGAGGGCCUCAAUAGAGCGUCAAAAGGUAGAGAAGAUGCUUUUUGGCGAGGAAAUUAAGAACAUUAUUGCAUGUGAGGGACUGGAGAGAAAGGAGAGGCACGAGAAGCUCGAGAAAUGGAUUCCGAGACUAGAGUUGACAGGGUUUGGGAGGGUGCCGUUGAGCUACCAUGGUAUGCUGCAAGCAAACAGGUUGUUGCAGAGCUAUGGCUAUGACGGCUAUAAGAUCAAAGAAGAACAUGGUUGUGUGGUAAUUUGCUGGCAUGAUCAACCCCUUUUUUCAGUUUCGGCCUGGAGGUUUAGAAGGUAUACUUGACAUUAUGCUGGAAUUUUUAUUUUUCUCUAUUUCCGCUUUUUUGUACAAAGGAUUUUAUGCUUAUUUCUUCAUCUGCAAUUAGACUUCUGUUAAAAGGUUGAAAGAACAUGUUCCGUCGGUUCAAAGUGUUCAUUUCCCUUCACAUUUCUUUCAAUGUAAUAAUUUUUUGUUUUGAAAGUUAAAGCGAACCGACAUACACCCAUAAUAUAUUGCCCACGACUAAUGGGGCUUAAACA